AUGACAGCUGAAAAUAUCCUUUAUUCCUCGUAUGGUGAAAAGCAUAUCAAUGCAUUAUGGAAGUCGGGCCAGCCGAUUGAGGUCAGUGCAUUUGAGUAACGGGCUGUGUCGGCUCUCACGAUCCUUCAGAGGGAAAGGGGUCCCGACGAGCAGUCUGAACCGAUGGGUCCACUGGCUCAGGGCCAGUUGAACCAGCCCAAUCAAGGGUACUGGGUGCCGGAGGCGGCCUCUCGAACUGGGCCCGACGCUGCCGAUUGGCGCACAAUCUGGCCCGAGAGACGAAUGAUUUAUUCACCCGCUAGGUCGCCCUACAUGAGGCCAGCGCAUUAA